UGGAGCAAGGAUAAGGAGUAGUAAUACAGCAUUCUCCGGAUAAAUUAGUCUUGAACCUUAUUUAGAGAAACAUUUACUUUAAAUAAGCCUUAUUUUUUCUACGGACAACAUUUUCACGACUCGGGAAUCAGAAACCGUCUCAAUGGAAAUAAUGUCCUGAUGAUUUUUCACUCAUGCGCGGCUGUCAUACUAACUUAUAACUAAGCUAGGUAGCUUGUUGUAGAAACUACCUUGUCAAAGUAAUUUUCACUGCUUUCUUUUCAUUGCUGUGAGCAUCUCAGUCAAAAGCGCAUGGUGCUGUCAUAUAGUCCGUCUUUCUAAAACGGAAGGGAUAGUGGACGAAAGAGUCAACCGCACUGUGAUGGAUAAUGCUCACACUAAGACGGUGGAGGAGGUUUUGGGCUUCUUCAGUGUAAAUGAGUCUACAGGUCUGAGCUGUGAGCAGCUGAAGAAAAACAGGGAGAGAUGGGGACCCAACGAAUUGCCGGCUGAAGAAGGGAAGUCUCUUUGGGAGCUGGUCCUUGAACAGUUUGAGGAUCUGUUGGUUCGAAUCUUGCUGCUGGCUGCAUGCAUCUCCUUUACCCUGGCUUGGUUCGAAGAAGGGGAAGGGACAAUCACAGCCUUUGUUGAACCUUUUGUCAUUCUCCUCAUCCUCAUCGCCAAUGCUAUUGUAGGAGUAUGGCAGGAGCGUAAUGCAGAGAAUGCCAUCGAAGCUCUGAAGGAGUAUGAGCCAGAGAUGGGCAAGGUGUACCGACAAGACAAGAAGAGCGUUCAGAGAGUCAGAGCUCGAGACAUCGUUCCUGGAGACAUUGUGGAAGUUGCUGUUGGUGAUAAGGUUCCAGCUGACAUCAGACUGACGUCCAUCCGUUCCACCACUCUGAGGGUGGACCAGUCCAUUCUGACAGGGGAGUCUGUGUCAGUGCUUAAACACACUGAUCCUGUACCAGAUCCCCGAGCUGUCAACCAGGACAAGAAGAACAUGCUCUUCUCUGGUACCAACAUUGCAGCGGGGCGAGCAAUCGGAGUUGUCGUGGCGACAGGGGUGCAGACGGAGAUUGGGAAAAUCAGAGAUGAGAUGGCCUCCACUGACCCUGAACGAACCCCACUACAACAGAAACUAGACCAGUUUGGAGAACAGCUGUCUAAGGUCAUCAGCGUGAUCUGUGUGGCAGUGUGGGCCAUCAAUGUGGGACACUUCAAUGACCCGGUUCAUGGAGGCAGCUGGCUGAGAGGAGCUGUUUACUACUUCAAGAUUGCUGUGGCACUGGCUGUAGCUGCCAUACCAGAAGGUCUCCCAGCAGUCAUCACUACCUGCCUGGCACUGGGCACCAGGAGGAUGGCCCGGAAGAACGCUAUUGUCCGCAGCCUGCCAUCAGUGGAGACGCUGGGUUGCACCUCUGUUAUCUGUUCUGACAAGACAGGAACACUGACCACCAACCAGAUGUCGGUCUGCAGGAUGUUUGUUGUAGACAGUGUGUCGGGGGAGCGUUGCAGACUGAGUGAGUUCACAGUCACUGGAUCUACUUACGCCCCUGAGGGGGAAGUUUAUAAGGAUGGCUCAGUGGUGAAGUGCAGUCAGUAUGAAGGCCUGGUGGAGAUGGCUUCCAUCUGUGCAUUGUGCAAUGACUCAUCAUUGGACUACAAUGAGGCAAAGGGUGUGUAUGAGAAGGUGGGGGAGGCAACAGAGACUGCCCUCUGCUGUCUGGUGGAGAAAAUGAACGUGUUCGACACUGACCUAAGAGGACUGAGCCCUGCUGAGAGAGCUACAGCGUGCUGCUCCGUGAUCAAGCAACUGAUGAGGAAAGAGUUGACGCUGGAGUUUUCCAGAGACAGAAAGUCCAUGUCUGUUUUCUGUUCGUCCAAUAAACUCACCAGGUCUGCUUCUGGAGCCAAGAUGUUUAUCAAGGGAGCUCCGGAGAGUGUACUGGAGCGCUGUAAUUAUAUCCGGGUCAGCGGUUCUGCUUGCGUGCCUUUGAGCCCAGCGGUGCGGGAGCAGCUCCUGUCCACUGUGCGGGAAUGGGGAUCCGGUCGAGACACAUUGCGCUGUCUCGCCAUGGCAACCAGGGACACGCCCCCUGACAUUCACUGCCUCAACCUUGAGAAUUCAGCUGCCUUUGCUAACUAUGAGUCGGACCUGACCUUUGUGGGCUGUGUGGGCAUGUUGGACCCCCCCAGGAAAGAAGUGCUUGGCGCAGUCCGAAUGUGUCGGCAGGCUGGCAUUAGAGUCAUCAUGAUCACAGGGGACAACAAAGGGACAGCCCUGUCUAUUUGUCGGAGGGUGGGCAUCAUCACAGAGCAGGAAGAGGAGCAGGAGGGUGCUGGGGUCAACGGGGGCCUGACAGGACGGGAGUUUGAUGAGCUGCCCCCUCACCUGCAGCGUCAGGCCUGCAGGACGGCGAGGUGCUUCGCCCGGGUGGAACCGGCACACAAGAGUCGUAUCGUGGAGUACUUGCAGAGCCUGAGUGACAUCACUGCCAUGACAGGUGACGGCGUGAACGACGCGCCAGCGUUGAAGAAGGCUGAGAUCGGCAUUGCUAUGGGCAGCGGCACGGCGGUGGCCAAGUCAGCCUCUGAGAUGAUCCUGGCUGACGACAACUUCUCCACCAUCGUGGCUGCCGUGGAGGAGGGCAGGGCCAUUUACAACAACAUGAAACAGUUCAUCAGAUACCUGAUCUCAUCGAACAUAGGAGAGGUGGUCUGUAUAUUUCUGACGGCCGCACUGGGCAUGCCUGAAGCGCUGAUCCCAGUCCAGCUGCUGUGGGUCAACCUGGUCACUGACGGUUUCCCAGCAACAGCUCUGGGCUUCAACCCUCCAGACCUGGACAUCAUGUCCCGUCCUCCCCGCUCCCCCAAAGAGCCUUUGAUCUCCAGCUGGUUGUUCUGUCGCUACCUCAUUAUUGGAUGUUAUGUGGGAGCAGCAACUGUUGGAGCUGCUGCCUGGUGGUUUAUGGCAGCCCAUGAUGGACCAAAACUUUCCUUCUAUCAACUGUCCCACUACCUGCAGUGCAGUGAAGGCCACGUCGAGUUUGCUGGUGUACAGUGUUCAGUCUUUGAGUCUCCUUAUCCCAUGACUAUGGCCCUGUCUGUCCUGGUUACCAUAGAAAUGUGCAAUGCCUUAAACAGUCUAUCAGAGAACCAGUCCCUGCUGAAGAUGCCUCCCUGGUCCAACCCCUGGCUGGUGGGGGCCAUCUGUCUGUCCAUGGCUCUACACUUCCUCAUUCUGUAUGUGGACCCGCUGCCGGUGAUAUUUCAGAUACGCCCCCUGUCGUGGCCUCAGUGGGUGGUGGUAUUGAAGAUGUCAAUCCCUGUCAUCUUGAUGGACGAGGUUCUUAAAUUUCUGGCUCGCAACUACAUCGAGCCAGGAAGCCAGAUCCAGUCACUGGAAGAGGAAGAGGAGCUGCAGAGGACGAGGGCUAGCCAUGGUGCCAUGAUGACGAGGCUGCGUCAAUCAUUGAAGGGCGUGUCCUGGUCGUUCGUCCUGAUCUCCGCACCACUAGUGAUCUGGAUCUUCAGCCUGGACUCUGACAUCACCAACAUCUUCUGGGAGUGAUGGGAGAAGGGGAGGACGGGUGGACUGCGGUGUAAGCAGUGAAAGACAGGAAAGAUGAAACAGAAAAGCUAAAGAAGAACUGAUGGAAUGAAAUGCUGAGGGUUGAGGAAUGAAAAGUGUGAGGGUUGAGGCAAGCAGAGAUGAUAAAUUCUCUGCAGAGAUACAAGAGUUCACAAGAGUGAAAUAUUUAGCCAACAGACAAUCAGAAAGUGACAAGAAAGAAAGUGCAAGGCCGUUUCAGACCAUCGCUUCCUCAAUAAUAAAAGGUGCUAUGUGUUGUUAAUAGUGUCGAAGUUGCGAUCACAUGUCAUAAGAAUGCCAUGGCUUAUUUAUACUGUACUUGUUUGAGCUUUCCCUUUUUUUAAUCUAGGGAUGCCAGCGUUAGUCAGUUUGUCGGUCCAAAAAUUAAAUAUGUCUCUGAAAACCUUUAAAACUGUCUGUACAUGAAUGCUAACAUAGCAUGCUCACCUGCUGACCUUUGCAUUUUAAACUACUUAAAGUUACAUUAUAGACAUUAGCAUGUUAGCAUGCUAUAAUCGGUUUUGUGUUCUAAAGUCUGUCAGCAUUUAGUUUUCCUGCCAAAUUUAACCCGGGGACACACAAUGUAAAAUACCGUGUCCAUCAUUAAUGGUUCCCAACUGCUAUUUUUUAUUUUUCCAAUGAGUGACAUUUCCCUCUCACAUUGUUUCAUUAGACUUUUUUGACACCAGGAGGACUGGGUGGCACCAGCUAUUCAUAAAACCUUUGCAGAGUUUGUUCCUAAGUCCUUAGUAAGUCGUAGCUACCUUUAAACUAGUCAUUUACUGAAUCAGGUUGCACCAAUAAAACUUGGAAAUGUCUUAUCUAGCAAAAGACUUUAGACUUUAGACUGUGUAAAUCUGCUGCUAGGACACAUCUGUAGCACUGUCCAAUCAAACAGUCAAUCAAGGAUGACUUUGCUUCAUUCAUAUAUGCUUAUACUGAUAAAUUGGUUUGUUUGAGGGUUAGUAGUAUUCAUGUAGCUCAGACUGGGAGGGAAAUAUAAGAUAACCUAACCAACUAUAUUCAGUGUGAGAUUAUUGGCAUAACCUUUUGCAAUUGGAGAUAUAUAUUGUGCUUUUUUAACGUAGUGUAAAUGAGAGUCAGACAUGUUGGAAAUUUUACUUUUCAGUCUAAAGGGGUGAAAUUUAACAAACUAACAUCAGUUAUCUUAGCAAGUGUUCCACCUGGCAGUUACAGUUAAAUAUGUAAUAAUUAAUCUCUCUAUUAAUCUCUACUACUCAACCUGUUUUAAUUUAGUGAUGCACAUGUCUCUGCUUUGUGAAAACUUAAAUUACAACAAGGCUAAGAUUGAACUUUGGAAGAGCUGGUGUCACUGACUCCUGAAGAGGAGAAAGUAACCAGGACUUGAAAAUAAAAGGGGAAAGAUUAGUGAAAAGAAAAGUAAUUCGUGUAGCAUAAACUUUGUUUUGUUUUGGGUUGGCUGGGCUGGAAACCAGAUGUUCAGUGAGUUCAGAGUGAUUCAACUAAUUACACAUAGCACCUUUUAGAUGAACUGUUGUGUUUGAAAAAUGAGUGGGAUCAAUAGAAAAAAGAGAAACAUGUUGAGUGGUCCAGAAUCAAAGACAAACCCACACACACACACUCUCAAACACACACACCAACAUUACGUCCACACAGUGAUUCACCAGUAAUAAUAUGUGGCCAGUAACAGCUGAUAACUACGUGUACAAUAAAUGGCCACUGCAACGGUCUUUAUGCUGCAAUGCAAAAAUAUUCAGUCACAUUAUUGUUAGAAUUUCCUUGUAAAUACUGCAAACAAGCAUUUGACCUGUGAGGGAAGACUGUUAGCAGACCAUGAGAGAUCGCAUGUCAACGCACGUCACACACCUCUAACAUGUUUGAAGUGCUGCAGAAACACAUCCUCACCUGCAGAGUCUGGGUUAAAGAGGGGCGUGUGUGGGCUCACAUGUCUAAAACUGUGUCACGGUUUAGAGUACAGUUCAUCAGAGCUUUAAAUUCUUGAAGACCAGUCACUUAGACCUUCAUUCUGAUUGAUCUACACUCUAAUAUCCCUCAUUGUCUCUCUGUUGAUUGACUUUUGCUCAUCCUUUAGACAUCCUGAGGCUUCAUAGACUGACUGAAGCUCAAUAUAAGCCUUCACUCCAGGAUGAAUGAGUUGUCUCUGAUUAGUGAAGUUCUAUAUUGCUUCUUUAUGUUAUGGCUUUAAAUAUUCUGUAUGUGUUUAUAAUUCUCACUAUACAAGUCCCGCUCAGUAACAGCACUGCAGCAGUGUAUUUUUUUUUAAUCUUUCCCCCAUGCCUGUUUACCGCAGAACCUGCCUCUGUGUUGGCGUGCUCACAGUGAUGCACGAUUUCAGCUUGAUGUCAGCAGAGCUGUCACACAGAUUCAGUGAUUCAGAUUCAAGCCUGACAGUGAGUGAGUGUGUAUUUGAAUGCGUUUUCUUGCUCGAUGACCCAUCUGCCAUGUUUGCCAGUGAUGCCGUUGUGACAUCUCUCUCUGUUUGCCAUUGAAGGAUUUUUGUUUUAUUUUUUUGGAAAAAGCAUUUUUGAUUCUGCAGUACUUUUUGUUGUGCUUUGCAUUUGGUCAUGAUGAUGGAGCAUUGGGGCCACUUCUAGGGAAAACAACCUGAGUUGAGGAAAAUAAGAUCAUGAUUUUAUGAAAGCUAAGUCACAAUUUUAUGAGAAAAAUGUCUGAAUAUUUUGAGAUGACGUUAUGCUUGCUAAUGGUUUGUGUUAGAGUACAGCUCAGGUCGCGUCACCUCUGUGUCCUCUCUGGACUGACGGUCGAACUCUGCCACAGUCAGAACUCUGUCAGACUUUGCUUCGUUAGCAGAGCGUGUAGCUGGCUGUCUGUCCAUAAAAUCACAAGUUUACUCAUUUUGUUAUUUUCCUGACUUCGUUCUUGUGUUUUAUGACCUGAUCUUGUACAAUUGCUCGUAGUUUUUCCCAGGGUUUUUCUUCCCUAAAAGUGGCCCUAAUAAUAGGUCGUAGGCUCUUUCUGAAACCACUUAAUAAAAGCAUAAACCUGUGCUUCAGAGUAGAGAAGCCUUCUGAGGUCAGAAACUGUUAUGGAGGUGUCAGACCAACUCACCUGUUGUGGAAGCAGGCAGUUUUUUGUUUUUUCUUCUUUUUUGAGGUUUUGUUUUUCUCACACUUACUCCCUGUUGAUUAUUGGAAACCAUAGACGUUAUUGCUUCUUUGCUGCCCACACUUCUGCCUAUUUUUUCUUUGUGUUUUUUGUUUUUGCUCAAUGUUCCCACAAUAGCUUGAAAGUUUCAAAAAUGAACAAUGUUAUAUGAAAUAUAAUAUUUUUGUUUUGAUACUAUUAAGGCAGAAGAAACACAUGUAGAUGCACUUAGUUCUGAGUAUUUAUUUUUUAUUUUCGUUAUUUAUUGAUAUUGUAUUUUUUUUCCAAGGGUGUAGUAUGCCCUGACAGCCCAGCUCUGACAAAUCCCCAAUGUACCAACUUGUACUUUAUUAUUAUUAUUAUUGUUGUUGUUAUUAUUAUUAUUAUUACAUCCAUGUCGCCCAUCUAGGAGAAGAAUGAGUGGAAAGGAGGUCUUGUAUGGUUCCAGACUGUCAAUAAAUGACUUGAAGAACAUCAUAAAUAGGGAAACUGUAAUAGUUUCUCUUUUCUUCCCUUCUCUUCCUCUGUGUUCCCUCCACACUAAGUAAGCAACAUUUACACUGAAGCUAAAGAAGGGAGCACCGUUUUGCAGAUUUUAUUUUGAACUUUUUUCUCGUUCAUUCUACUGUUGAAGAGUUUGUUGUCGUUGGAAAUGAUGUU